AUGAAGUUGUUCAUCGUGUUGGUAAUGCUCUGUGGGCUUGCCACAGCCCAGCACAACCCUCAGCUGCGGCACGGCAGGACGGCCAUCGUGCAUCUCUUUGAGUGGCGCUGGGCGGAUAUCGCAGCAGAGUGUGAGCGCUUCCUGGGGCCCAAUGGUUUCGGGGGAGUGCAGAUCUCUCCUCCCAACGAGCACAUUGUGCUGAACAAACCCUGGAGGCCAUGGUGGCAAAGGUACCAGCCUGUGGGCUACAAACUGUGCUCCAGGUCCGGCGAUGAGCAGGAGCUGCAAGACAUGGUGACUCGAUGCAACAAUGUCGGUGUCAACAUUUACGUUGACGCCGUCAUCAAUCACAUGUGCGGGGCGGCUGGCGGUGAGGGGACGCACUCGUCGUGCGGGACCUGGUUCAGCGCCAGCACCAAAAACUUCCCCGACGUCCCCUACAGUGACUGGGACUUCAAUGACCGCAAAUGCAAAACAGGCAGCGGUGAGAUCGAAAACUACGGGGAUGCCAAUCAGGUGCGCGACUGUCGACUAGUGGGCCUUCUGGAUCUCGCCUUGGAGAAGGACUAUGUCAGGGACAAGGUUGCCGAGUUCAUGAACAAGCUUAUCGACAUGGGUGUGGCUGGGUUCAGAGUGGACGCCUGCAAGCACAUGUGGCCCGGAGACCUGGCUGCUGUCUAUGGCCGCCUGCACAAUCUCAGCUCCAAGUGGUUCGCCGAAGGUGCCAGACCCUUCAUUUUCCAGGAGGUAAUUGACCUUGGAGGCGAGCCCAUCUCAUCUCGCGAAUACUCCCAUCUGGGACGAGUGACUGAGUUCAAAUACAGCGCCAAAUUGGGAACUGUCUUCAGAAAAUGGCAUGGCGAGAAGUUGUGCUACACCAGAAACUGGGGUGAAGGAUGGGGUUUCUUGCCCAACCACAAUGCUGUUGUAUUCGUUGACAAUCACGACAACCAGCGAGGCCACGGCGCCGGUGGUGCGUCUGUAGUCACCUUCUGGGACUCGAGGCUCUACAAGAUGGCCAUGGGGUACAUGCUAGCCCAUCCGUAUGGCAUAACCAGGGUCAUGUCAAGCUUCCGCUGGAACCGGCACAUUGUCAAUGGAAAGGAUCAGAAUGAUUGGAUUGGACCGCCGAGUCAUAGCAACGGAAGCACCAAGUCUGUUCCAAUCAACCCUGAUCAGACCUGUGGAGAUGGAUGGGUGUGUGAGCACAGAUGGCGUCAGAUCAAAAACAUGGUCAUUUUCCGUAAUGUCGUCAACGGACAGCCUCAUACCAACUGGUGGGAUAACCAGGGUAACCAGGUCGCCUUUGGCCGUGGUAAUCGUGGUUUCAUCGUCUUUAACAAUGACAAUUGGGACCUCGAUGUGACCCUCAACACCGGCAUGCCUAGUGGCACCUACUGCGACGUAAUCUCCGGCCAAAAGGAAGGAGACAGAUGCACAGGAAAGCAGAUCUACGUUGGUGACGACGGUCGCGCCCGAUUCCGGAUCGGCACCAGAGAUGAAGACCCCUUUGUGGCAAUUCACACCGAAUCUAAAUUGUAA